AAAGGCAGGUUUGUUUCACUUCAACAAGAUCACUUAGUGUAUUUUAUUGUUGCAUGUAUUACUUACCACAGAAAAUGUAAUGCAAUUCAGAGUGACUGCUGUCAUGGAUAAAGACAACAGGACUUCAGGCAGAUCAGUCUCAAAAUGAAGUGCACAACACAAGCGGUGGCGCUGUGGGGGAGAAAGGCGCCGUCUCACAGCAUAACAACUAUGAUGAUAACAGACGACCAGAAAACCAUUGUAACUGGGAGCUCAGAAGGACAGAUCUGUCUUUGGUACCUUUCUGUCAAAAUGGAGAUUACUUCUAAAGCCAUUCUUUUUGGACAUACUACUCCUGUCACUUGCUUGGCAAAGGCAAGGGAGUUUGAAAAGCAACCAUAUGUCGUCAGUAGUUCAGAGAAUGGGGAGAUGUGUAUUUGGAACGUUGCCAACGGCCACUGUAUUCAGAAUUCAAAACUUCCAUUCAGGCACACGGCAAUCUGUUACUACCAUUGCUCAUUCAGGAUGACAGGAGAAGGCUGGCUACUCUGCUGUGGACAAUAUCAAGAUGUCCUGAUUGUUGAUGCAAAGACCUUGCAAGUUCUUCAUACCCUGAAAUCACAGUCUUCAGAAUGGAUCAGCUGCAUGUGUAUUGUUCACUCUACGAGGAUCCAAGAGGAUUCAUUGGUUGCAAUGUCUGUUGUCGGUGACCUCAAAGUAUGGGAUUUGUCAUCAUCAGUCAACAGCAUUCAGGAAAAACAAAAUGUUUCCGAAACUGAAACAAAGUCCCUUGAUGUUACAAACUGCUGUGCUGUGCGUUUUUGCAUGUAUACGGAAAGGCUGCUACUGGUGAUUUGCUCCAGCUCUUGGAAGGUCUAUGACUACUGUGAUUUCUCUUUGCUUUGCACGGACAAUUGCAAAAGUGGCCAGUCGUUUGUUGGGGGGGAGUUCCUUGCGGCUAACAGACUUAUCAUUUGGACAGUGGAUGGUCACAGUUACAUCUACCAGCUGCUGAACAGUGGGCUUCCAAAAAGUAUAUAUCCAACCGAGGGAGGAUUACUCAAAGAAACGAUCACCCCUCAAUUGCUUUGCUCUACAAGUGUGCAGGAAAAGAGUUUUUCAUGUUUCACUGGCUUCCUAAAUGAGAGGAAGGAGCCGUUUUUUAAGAUUCUUUAUUCUGGAAAUUCCUUUGGAAGAAUCAGCUUCUGGCAUAUCCCUGAUGUUCCGGUAUCACAGAAUGAUGGUUCUCCAGGAGAGAUAGAAAUGAAGACAACAGUUACCCUUCAAGAAAUGUUUGAUAGAAAUAAAUCUAUGUCAGAAGGGAUCAUAGAUCAUAUUCGUAUUGCCAAAGACGACAAGGCAUCUGCAGCUGUCACUGCAUCCAUCUACAUCCCUAACCUUGACAAACUGGUUUGUGGCUGUGAAGAUGGCAAAAUAGUCGUCACCAUAGCUUUGCAUGCCGCGAGAGCACGGCUCCUGGAAGACCACCAAUUACUCAAUGGUUCUGUGCCACAUAAAAUAUUUGACGGCCACAACUGCAGUGUGUCAAGUCUGCUUUAUCCGCAUAGACGGUCAGAGAAGUUUGAUCCAAGCUGGCUUCUUUCUGGUGAUCAGAAUUCAAUGGUUAUCUGGAGAGAUGUGUUUACAGGAGAGAUAUUCCACAAGUUUAUGCUCCAGUCUGGUUCAAUACUGAAAAUACUAGUUCCACCUGAUGAUUACAAAGUAAAAAUGUUCCAGAGUAUAUACUGUAUGUGUAGUGAUAAUUCAGUAGCACUUCUGAACCUUCAAGAACGAGUAUGUUUCUUUCAUGCCAGAAAGCAUCUAUUUCCUGUAAAGACUAUGAAAUGGCAUCCUGUUGAAGAGGUCUUGAUCGUUGGGUGUGAAGAUGGCUCAGCUUAUGUCUGGGAGAUUGAGACCGGAACUUUGGAACGUCACGAAACCGGGGAAAUGGCAAAAGCAAUUUUAAAUUCUUGCGAAGACUUCAACAUUGAAAUGACAGACUCCAUAGUAACAUUUUCUCAAGAGACCCAAAGAGCCACACAAGCAACUUUCAAGCCAUCAAACUCUUAUAAACUUGGAACUCUGUCACACAAUCUAAUGCACCCUGAGAAGUGGGCUAACAAAAAUAAAGACACUGGUAACAGCACCCAGCCCUUCACAGUUAUACCAGUCAGAUGCAUGUAUAAUGUUAUCCUACACUUGCUUUUGUUUGAUCUGGAAAAAGUGCUAGAACUUUUACAGACCUCUCAAGCCAAUGGACUGAAAUCAGCCAACUCGUUCCACAGCUAUGAUGCCCUAAAAACAGCCAAGAGUUCAUCUGAGAAAAGACCGCUGACUCUAAAAAGAAACAAGACCGCCGGAUCCUUGUGUCAAAUUGAAGGGAAUGUCUCUGAACCAGCCUUGAAAGAAAUUGCAAGUCGUUCUGGAGAAGAAGGUGGUGGCAUAAAAAGACACAAGAAAUUUAAAAGCUCUAAGAAAGUCAAGACCCAGUCAUCAAGAAAAAUAGAUGUGAACAUGGUUAUGGAUGCUUCUAAACUUCUGUUGUCUUGCCUCUUGCCUUGGGGUGUAGACAAGGAAUUUGACCAUUUUUGCACAAGACACUUGGAAAUCCCACAAAUUCAAGGAUCGGUCACUUUUGGAAUGAUAUCAGGCAAUCAUCACGUAGGCAUCAUGUUACCUGGUUGGAAUAAGGCAACUAAUGAUACAGCUGAAGAACAUUUAACUAAUAUAUUGUCCAAAAAAGUAAUGGAGCUUUCUACCAAAUACUCUGUUGCUAAACAGAAACAAAACACUAAGAAAGAAAUUCAAGGCAACCAUAGGAUCAAUACGAUAAACAUGGAUACCCUUUUUUUUCUGCAAAAGUUAUUUGUUGUCAAUAAAUCAUUAAACAUGGAAACCUUUUCAAAAUUCAAGAACCGAGCAAGCAGCCAGGAGAAAAUGGAGUCUGUCCGUGGCAAAUGGAAAAGUUCUGAGCAUUUCAGUUCUUCUCUUGCCAAUUUUACUGUUGAAGUGAUACAUGACAGAAAUGGUUCUAAUUUUCCUGAUGCAGAGAAUGUAUCCGUAAUGAAAAUAGUUUCAUCAUGGAAAGAUCAGUCUGUACAGGUAACAGAGGCAAUGCAAGCUGUUCUACUGGCAGAAGUUAAAUCAAAACUGGAAUCUUUGAGACAAACCAUAAUUAUCACGCAGCCAGUGUCGGUUACAGAUAAUGGCUGCCCUCUGCCUUCUUCAAAAAUCGAGCCCUCUGAAUCCAUAGAGUUGCAGCUAAUUAAAGAAAAUACACUGCAAACUCCAGGGAGUUUCAUAAAAAAUGAAAGUGGGUCCAAAUCUGUGAAUUUUCAAGAACCGGACAAAAGUACAUUAGAAGAUUCUGAUAGUCCAGAUGACAUGAAGCAGAAUCCAUGGAUGUCCAAAAUGUGCUACUGUAAAGUCUGUUAAAAUAUAUGAAAAAUCCCAAUGGCAGUUCAGGAAUAUUCUAUACUAUUCCUGAACUGUAUUUUAAAUUGUUACUCAAAAUCUUAUUAUUUAUAUAGUCAAAAUGCUUGUUUAGAUAAAAUAAUAUUUGGCUGAACAAAUUGUACCUCUGCAAUGUAUAUUUUUAAGAAUUUUGACAAGCAUCAUUUCUCCUUGUCAGAUAUAAAUUUGGUAUCUUAAAAUUUUAUAU